CAGAUAAAGAGUUAAACUUUUCUAAAAUUGAGUUCAGAGUUAAACAUUAUCAGAUCACAUGAUUGCAGCGGCUCACCUGCUCUCUGGACCUCAGAUAAAAGCCUCAGUGUGAAAGUUUCUCGAGAGAGAGAGAGCGCGCGAGCGGAGGACAUGGCAACCCGCUGGGGAAUUUGUGGAUCUGGCAACAUCAGUCAUGACUUCUGUGUCGCCCUCAGAACUCUCGCUGAGCAAGAGCACCAGAUAGUUGCAGUUGCGGCAAGAAGUCUGGAAAGGGCACAAAAGUUUGCAAAGACUCAUGGGAUACCCAAAGCGUACGGCAGCUAUCAGGAGCUGGUCAAAGAUCCGAACAUCGAUGUGGUGUACAUCGGUGUUGUUCACACUCAUCAUCUGCCCGUGGGUCUGCUGUUCCUGAAUGCUGGGAAGAGUGUGUUGUGUGAGAAACCUUUCACCAUGAACGGCAGAGAGCUGCGACAGCUGAUUUCAGCUGCCAGAGAGAACAACGUCUUCCUCAUGGAGGCAAUGUGGUCCCGGUGUUUUCCGGUGUACUCAGAGAUCUCCAGGCUGCUAUCGGAGCAGGUGGUGGGCGAGGUGAAGAUGGUAAGUGUGUAUUUCGGUCUGAAUCUCCUGGACCGCAUACACACCACCCAGAAGGAGCAGGGUGGAGGAUCUCUGCUGUACAUCGGCGUCUACUGCGUUCAGUUUGCACUCAUGGUGUUUAAUGGAGAGAAACCAGAGUCGAUCAGCGCCACUGGAGUCCUGCUGCCCUCAGGUGUGGACGAGUCCAUGGUGGUGGUUCUGAAGUUCUCAGGGAACAGAAUAGCUGUGUGUUCCAGUUCUCUGGCCUGUGCUCUUCCCAACACAGCCUCCAUCUUUGGAACCACAGGAACCAUCACUGUGUCUUCCCCCAUGCACUGUCCCACUACACUGGAGGUCAACGGGCAGAAGUCGGAGUUUCCUCUUCCUGAUCCACGUCUUCCGCUCAACUUCCCCAACAGCACCGGCCUGAGAUAUGAAGCUGAAGAAGUCCGACGCUGCCUGCAGAAAGGUCUGAAGGAGAGCAUCAGGAUGUCUCUGGCCGACUCUGAGCUGGUAAUGGAGAUCAUGGACGAGGCCCGGCGGCAGGUGGGCGUGGUUUAUGAGCAGGACAGCCAAUGACGGCCCUCCAUUCUCUAAUGGACAUCUGCAGCUCUGAGAUUAAACUUGAACAUUUGGGUGUCCAAGCAAUAAAAUACACAUUAAUACAAUAA